GUGAGUGUGAAGGACGGGGUAUUUUUUGUGGUAGGUGCUGGGAACAACACCAACACUCAGAGAUGAUUGAACUUGAAAGCGGACGAUCUAGUACCUUGACGAGAUCAGACAGUAAAUUGGAAUUGGUACUACGAUCUGCGAACGAUCCAGACCAGGUGCAGUCCAAAGAUGUUGUAAGGAUACCAUACUCCAUUGCGUGAUGCUGUGUCAAUAACCAUUUUACGUAACCAGUUCUCCCCUCAUUGUAGCUUGUAAAAUGCAUUGGACCUCACCAACUUCUCGCACGGUCUUUCCUAGGUUCAAUGAUGUUCACUACUUCUAGCACCACCUAGAAUUUUCAUUCCGCUUCCUGCCUAACUAGUUAGUUUUAUCCCCACAAGAACUGCACUGGAAAACAAAAAAACACCAUGGCGACCACAAAAUCUUCCCCCUCCUCCUCCUCUACGGCCACGACCGCCGCGUUUCUUACCACCACCACCCUCGCCUUCGCAGCCACCGCGGCCUACGCGAGUUAUUACCCAAAAAAAUGGAAAAAGGGGAAGAAAUACUUGCUCGAGAAAAUCUCCCAUGUCGCAGAGCAGGGGUUCGGCGUGAAGCUCGUUGUGGCUGCUGCUAGAGAGGGGAAUGUUGCGACGUCGUCGUCUUCAGAAGAGGAAUCAGACAGCGAUGUAAUCGAGUUCGAGAACAAGAAAAAUAAAACGGGUUCGAAAAGAACUGCAGAAGCUGGAGGAGCAGGUGAUCGUGAUGGACCACAGAAUACAACAUCUUCAUCUUCUAAAAGCGCCGAAUCAGCAGAAGCGGAGCACAACAACGACGACCAAGAAAGCAAGAUCCACAUUCCGGACAAUGCGAACCAGGACUGCGUGGGGGUGGAUUCCGAACAAGCCGGGAAGGCCGCCGGUUGCGCCGGCUGCCCGAACCAGGGCGCUUGUGCGAGCGGCGAGGCGAAAAAAGCCGAUCCCGCCGUCGCGCAGGUCGCAGAAGUUUUGAAAGAGGUGAAGCGGAAGAUUUUAGUGCUGUCGGGGAAGGGUGGCGUGGGGAAAUCGACAGUCUCCUGCCAAUUAUCCUUCGCAUUCUCUUCGGCGCCGGAUAAAGUGAUUGUAAAUCGAAAUCCGCAAGAAGAAGACCACACAGUAGAACACGUUGAACCGAACGCCGACGUGGGGCUGUUGGACAUUGACAUCUGCGGCCCGAGUUUGCCCACCAUGCUCGGGUUGAAGGGGCAUGAGGUCCACCAAUCGAACGCGGGAUGGUCGCCGGUGUAUAUCAAAUGCAAAAGUCUCUGGGUCUGGAAGAAUGCGCGAUUUGUCAUGCUGCUUUUCCAUGAUCCAUGAGGUCUGGAAUGCAGGGCCUAGCAUGACAGAUUCUGCGAGACCUUUCUAAUGCCUAUCCUGCAUGAGAAACUCCCUCCCGACUUGGUCAAAACUGGACGACUUUUGGCAAUCAUGCAACACAGAUUUUUGCAUGCUGCAGAUUUAGCAUGACAAGUUGCAAUCUUCCAGAGCCAGACAUUUUUGCAAUUCAUAGUGUACUUGAAUGAGCAUUUGGCGGUGAUGUCGAUCGGUUUUAUGCUGCCGAACGAGGACGACGCGAUCAUUUGGCGCGGGCCGCGGAAUAUGCUGUGCAAAAGUAUCGUACUCGUAUAAAUGCAUUACAAAUUUCCUCAGCGUGAGAAAUAAAAUUUGCAAUGCGGAUUUGGCUUCAGAAAAAGAUUUGUCAUGCAUAUUUGCAAUUACUACGAGUGCGAUACUUUUGCACAGGAUACGGAAAAACGGUUUGAUUCGGCAGUUUCUGACCGACGUGACCUGGGGAAAACUAGAUUACCUCUUCGUCGACACCCCACCCGGUACCAGCGACGAACACAUGGCGAUCGUCGGGUAUCUAAACGUAUGAACUGCAAAAGUAUCGUACUCGUAUAAAUGCAUUACAAAUUUCCUCAGCAUGAGAAAUAAAAUUUGUGAUGCGGAUUUACCUUACCACAGGGAUUUGUAAUGCAUGAUUGCAAUACGAGUGCGAUACUUUUGCACAGGAUAAAACGACGCAAAAAUCACCGGCGCCGUGAUUGUCACUUCGCCCCAAGUAUCAAAUGCAAAAACGUCUGGGUCUGGAAGGGUGUAAACUUGUCAUGCAGGUUUUCCAUGACCCAUGAGGUCUGGAAUGCGGGACCUAGCAUGACAGAGUCCGUGAGGUCUCUGUCAUGCCUAUCCUGCAUGAGAAACUCCCUCCCAACUUGGUCGAAAGUGGGCAGCUUUCGGCAGUCAUGCAACACAGACUUUUGCAUGAUUCGGUUUCAGCGUGACAAGUUGCAAUCUUCCAGACCCAGACAUUUUUGCAAUCCAUACCAAGAAGUCGCUUUAGCCGACGUGCGGAAGGAAGUGAAUUUUUGCAAGCGAACCGGCGUGGAGAUCAUCGGUGUGAUCGAAAACAUGCAGGGUUUUCUCGGCGUUUCCUCCGAGGGGGUGAAGAAGAUGUGCAAGGACUACGAUUUGGAAUUUCUCGGUUCGAUCCCCUUAGACAAGGACGUCGGCUUGGCCGGAGAGCGGGGCACGAAAAUAAAGGACCCGGCAUUGGUCGUGCGCAUGGGGGAAAUUGUGGAGAGAAUCAAGGGAAGAGUGGAGGCGAUUGAGGGCGUGGGUGGCGCGCAAGAAACUGCAAUGAAAGCGACGAACAGCAUGCAAACAGAAGCUCCUGCUGCUGUGGCAGCUGCAACCACAGCUGCGACGUCAUGA